CUACAGGUUGCAAGUCGUCGACUUGCAAUUCUGACAUCCUUUUGGGGGUUCUAGCGCAGUGGUAGUGGGUGCUGUGAGCUGGCGCCGUCACACGAGGGUCGUGAAGAGUCUUGCAGUUAUACUCCGUAGUCUGCGGUGUAUAACAAUAACAUGGACGACCAUGUCUCGCCUUUUGGCUGCCACCUCACUACAAAUAACUGGCCGUUUCAUAUUCUACCGCCCCACUUUAUUGUCUCACUUCGCUGUCUCAUCUCCAGCUCUUGAUCACGAAAUCCGUGCAUUAUAACCGGCUCAACCGAUAGGCCGACCACCUGGAGCUUCUCGGACCUCUUCCCAAUAUUGUUGAGCACUCCCGGGCCGGGCUUAAUAAGCUUUGAGAGCAUAUGCUCUAUGCCCCGACCUUGGAGGGCUCUAACCUGGCAUAUUAAAAGCUCAAGGUAUUCUUUUUCGGGCAGGUGGGAAUCCUUAAAUAUAUCGAGGAGACUUACAUGCCGAUUAGAACGCAGUGGGUGACUUGCUAUACUCUCAACUUCGGUAACUGCACCACAUCUCCAGUUGAAGUGGUAAACCGUUACCUGAAGAGCUUCAUCAUCACGGGCAAUAGCACUAUUCUUGAUACGGUAAAGCAGUCCUUCAAGAUGAUCGAGGAAAUACGUGAGGGCAUUCAGGAGGCUCACAACGAACAAAAAUACAACCUCAAGCGCAAAUAUCUUGGCCAAAAAUGGCUCGCCAACACUGCCCUCCAGAUCUCUCGCAACGGCAUGAAAAAGGUCACUGAGCCGUACCGGGUUAUGCUCGGAGCCGUAUCGACCUUACGGAUCCCGGACCCCGUACCCCUGAGCCCCUGUACCAGCCAGUUCAUGGCACAAUACGGCAUUAUAUGCAGCCAUGGCCUUCUUGAGCGAUAUAUGGAUGGCCGUGUACGCCUUGAGCAGGGACAGGAAGGUAACCUGGUACUCAAAAAGGGUACAAUGAAUUUGACCGUGUUAAACGCCUACGUGGUAGACCCCGAGGCUCCGAUACACUCGCCCCGGACCCUCAGGCACCUCGCUCAAUGGUCCCGAUUUCCACGGCAGCUCUGGCACCCACGGCAGCUCUGGCAUCCACGGCACCGUCUGCUCCAACGCCCACAUCGACCGGCCGGGCCUCCGGCCUCAAUCCUUCCAUUCGCCGUCAACGCUCACAGUGGGAGGGCGUUAGCCUGGAGCAGGACGACAACGGGGACCAGGAAAACACUAGGGACAACGCCCCUGCGCAGGCACAACGAACUGUGAAUGGCCUCACAGCUUGCGGCGGCCGCAGCGGUAAGGCACAGGGAGCCCGGGCAACGAAGGGAGGCUCGGGCAGCCGGGGCGGCCGUGUUGGAAAUGCAGCAUCAACACCACGGGCAUCGUCAGGGGCACCUACGUCUCAGGCUUCAUCUGGCGUGCAGGUUUCAACGCCCAAGGCGCGCGGGUCCCGAGGAGGCAUUACAAAGGCGUCUACACGUGGUGCAACAACCCGUCGUACUACGAGAGCUUUGGCUGCAGCUUUUGAAGCGCAACAAAGCAAUGGUCUUGAGGGCGCCUAGGCGGGCAGGUUUUUAUUGCAUUUUUGGGCAUGUUACGUAAGCA